GACACUCCAAGAGGCACACGAGGUGCAAAGUGGACGGGUGCCUGGCGCCACCGCCUCUCCAGAGGGCGAGUACUGACCAGGAUGUCAGACAAGCUCAAGGAACGCAAAAGAACCCCAGUUUCUCAUAAAGUCAUAGAAAAACGGAGGAGGGACAGAAUCAACCGCUGCUUGAAUGAGCUGGGCAAGACGGUGCCCAUGGCCCUGGCGAAGCAGAGUUCUGGAAAGCUGGAGAAGGCGGAGAUCCUCGAGAUGACUGUUCAGUACCUGAGAGCGCUGCACUCCGCUGAUUUUCCCCGGGGAAGGGAAAAAGAACUUCUAGCGGAGUUUGCCAACUACUUCCACUACGGCUACCACGAGUGCAUGAAGAACCUGGUGCAUUAUCUUACCACCGUGGAGCGGAUGGAGACCAAGGACACCAAGUAUGCGCGCAUCCUAGCCUUCUUGCAGUCCAAGGCCCGCCUGGGCACGGAGCCCGCCUUCCCGCCGCCGGGUUCGCUCCCGGAGCUGGAUUUCUCCUAUCAGCGGCCUCCGGCGGGGUCGGAGUUGCAGGGCCACAGCCCCGGCGAGGCCACUGUGUUCCCGCAGGGUGCUGCUCCGGCGUCUUUCCCCUGGCCUCACGGCGCGGCCCGCAGCCCAGCACUGCCUUACCUGCCCAGCGCUCCGGUGCCGCUCCCGAGCCCCGCACAGCAGCACAGUUCUUUCCUGGCGCCUGUGCAGGGCCUGGAUCGGCAUUACCUCAACCUGAUCGGCCACGCCCAUCCCAACGCCCUCAACCUGCACACGCCCCAACACCCCCAGGUGCUCUGACGCACACCGCCCUCUCCACUACUUUGCGCUU